AUGCCGCCCAAUUCGCAGACCUCGGACACAAAGAGGAAGACUGACGUGACGGACUUCCACGUGUCAUCGCACCAGCCGUCACGGCAGAGCUCGCAGAACAAGCGGUCGCGCCUGCAAAAGGCCAAGUCACAAGCAGGCGAUAUCCUGGUCGACGAAGACGUGGAGAUGGACGCACCUGUAGACUUCCAAGAGGAGCUUAUGCAGCUCGAGCAGACCACUGGGCCUGUGGCUGAUCCCUCGGCGGCAUGGCCACGGCCUACAGCACGCGUGCUUAAUACUGACGUGGACAGCCUGGUGUUCCAGCAGAUGGAGAUUGACGAGGAGUACGGCGCAGACCAGAGCUUCGUGACGGCGCGGCUGUUUGGCGUGACAGAGGAAGGCAACUCUGUUGCGUGCUUUGUGACAGGCUUUUCGCCGUACUUUUAUUGCCCGGCACCGCAAGGCUUUGCUGCGGAAAACAUCCCACAGGUCGUGGCACAGCUUAACCAGCUGGCCCGCAGGGCACCCGGAAACUUGGGUGGCGGCAAGCAUGACCCGGUCCUGUCGGUCGAGCUUUGUAUGAAGGAGUCGCUGUGGGGGUUCCAUGGGAAUGUCAAGGCGCCGUUCUUCAAGAUCACGGUCAGACACCCGCGCAUGGUGGCGCCAGUGGCGAGGAUCGUCAAGGACGGGUUCCAUAUUCAGAGCAUUGGCCAGCAUGCGUCGGCGCCGUUUGAGAGCAACAUCGAGUUUAUCUUGCGGUUCAUGGUGGACACAGGCAUUGUUGGCGCGAGCUGGGUUGAGCUGCCCGCAGGCAAGUACCACGUGCGCAAGGGCACACCCUCGACACACUGCCAGUACGAGGUGGAAAUCAACUACAAAAACAUCAUUGCACAUGAGCCUGAGGACGAGUGGGCCAAGACGGCGCCGCUGCGGAUCUUGAGCGUGGAUAUCGAGUGCGCUGGACGGCCAGGCGUGUUCCCCGAGGCCGAGCACGACCCGGUGAUCCAAGUGGCCAACAUUGUGACUGUUCAGGGCUCGAAGCAGCCGUUCAUCCGCAAUGUGUUUACGCUGGACACAUGUGCGCCGAUCCCUGGCUCGCAGGUGCUGAGCUUCCAAGAUGAGGCGGAGCUACUGGUCAAGUGGGCCGAGUUUGUGCGCGAGUGCGACCCUGACCUGAUCAUCGGGUACAACACAACCAACUUUGACUUGCCAUAUCUGAUUGACCGUGCUCAAGCGCUCAGUGCCCACGACUUCCCGUACCUGGGCCGCAUGCGUGGGGUGGCCUCCAAGGUGUCCACGUCGCGGUUCUCCAGCAAGGCGUUUGGUACCAGCGACUCCAAGGUCAUCAACAUCGAGGGCCGCUGCCAGUUUGAUGUCCUGCAGGCCAUGCGGCGCGGCGGAUUUGCGCUGCGGUCGUAUUCGCUUAACGCGGUGUCAGCCAAGUUCCUGGGUGAGCAGAAGGAGGACGUGCCGUACUCGAUCAUUAGCGACCUGCAGAAGGAGAGUGCAGAGACACGUCGGCGACUGGCGGUGUACUGCCUCAAGGACGCGUUUCUGCCGCAGCGGCUGAUGGACAAGCUGAUGUUCUUGAUCAACAACAUCGAGAUGGCGCGCGUCACUGGCGUGCCGUUCAACUACCUGCUGACGCGUGGACAGCAGAUCCGUGUCAUGUGCCAGCUGUUCCGGCAGACGAUCAAGCAGGAUCUGGUGGUACCGGUGGUCGACUCGCAGGGCGAUAACAAUCAGUACGAGGGCGCCACGGUAAUUGAGCCCAAGCGUGGCUUCUACGACGUGCCCAUUGCCACGCUGGAUUUUGCCUCGCUGUAUCCCUCGAUUAUGAUGGCGCACAAUCUCUGCUACACGACAUUGCUCAACAAGGCAACUAUUGAGCGGCUCAGCCUGGUCAAGGACGUCGACUACACAGUGUCCCCGAGCGGCGACUGUUUUGUCAAGUCCGGAAGGCGCGAGGGCCUGCUGCCGUAUAUUCUAAAGUCCCUGCUGGGUGCGCGCAAAAAGGCAAAUGCCAACUCUGUGUACGGAUUCACCGGAGCCCUGAACGGCAAGCUGCCGUGUCUGCAGAUCUCGUCGUCAGUCACAGCGUUUGGGCGCAUCAUGAUCGACCAGACGAUGCAUGAGGUCGAAAAGAAGUACACUGUGGAGAAUGGAUACGCACACAACGCCGAGGUCAUCUACGGAGACACAGACUCGGUGAUGGUCAAGUUUGGAGUCAAGACGCUCGACGAAGCCAUGGAUCUGGGCAAGGAGGCAGCCGAAUUCGUGACAACAAAGUUUGUCAAUCCGAUCAAGCUCGAGUUCGAGAAGGUGUACUUCCCGUAUCUGCUGAUCAACAAGAAGCGGUACGCCGGGCUGUACUGGACGCGGCCCGAGAAGUGGGACAAGCUGGACACCAAGGGCCUGGAGACUGUGCGGCGUGACAACUGCCAGCUGCUGCCGCUGGUGCUCGACACGUGCCUCAACAAGCUUCUGAUUGACCGCGACGUCACUGGCGCCGUCGAGUAUGUGAAGAGCACGAUCUCCGAUCUGCUGCAGAACAAGAUUGACCUGUCGAUGCUGGUCAUCUCAAAGCAGCUGUCCAAGACCGACUACGCUGCCAAGCAGGCACACGUGGAGCUGGCCGAACGCAUGCGCAAGCGUGAUGCGGGCUCGGCUCCGCAGCUCGGAGACCGUGUGCCGUACGUCAUCAUCCGCGGCCCCAAGAACGCGCGCGCGUACGAGAAGGCCGAGGACCCAAUCUACGUGCUGGACAACAACCUGCCAAUCGACACCACAUACUACCUCGAGCACCAGCUAACUAACCCCCUGACGCGCAUCUUUGAGCCGAUCCUGGGCGACAAGGUCGGCACGCUGUUCAACGGCGCGCACACACGCACGAUCCACGUAUCGGCACCCACCUCUGGCGCCCUGUCCAAGUUCAUGGUCAAGACCAAGACCUGUCUGGGCUGCCGCGCGCCGCUGCGCAAGGACGACAAGGACAAGGCUGUGUGCAAGCACUGUGCGCCAAAGCUGCCCGAGAUCCACAUGCGCCAUAUGGAUGUGAUGCGAGAGAUGGAGCUGCGGUUCUCGCGGCUGUGGACCGAGUGCCAGCGCUGCCAGGGCUCGCUACACCAGGAGGUCGUGUGCAACAACCGCGACUGCCCGAUCUUCUAUAUGCGGCGCAAGGCCCAGAAAGACGCCGAGGAGCAGGCAGAGACCAUGGAGCGGUUCGACUACGACUGGUGA